GACCUAUAUCUAUCCACCACGGAUAAACUUGCCGAUCUUGCUAUUUCGUGCCAGCUUCCUUUGUCCGAAUUGCAACAGCUCGAUGCUUAUCGAGCGCGGUUCCAGGCCGUGCGAAUUGAUGCAGAUGCUGCGAUCCGCGCUCGUUCUGAACGAUUUAUGCUGGCAAAGCAGACUACUCUUGAUUCUUGGAUCGACGACCACAGUUCAUCUUCGGACUGUGAAGAAAAUGAAGAACUUAUUUCAGCAAUAAGCGAAAGUGUAGAUGAGGCUAGCCAAAAUGCUCUCUCUGCGUCGAGGCAGCGGCCUCGGAGAGUUUCUACCUCGGGACAAGCUUUGGAUUUAGCCGCUAACCUAUUACCCUCACCAGUGCACGAAACUGUU